AUUGCGGCAGAGGCGGUCGCGUGUCUAUGGUGCUGAAACUGCUCGUGCUUCAGUUGUUGCUACGAGCAUCCCCGCGAGCAUCGUUACGCUCGCAACCGAGCUAGCUUUCUUCGGCGAAUUCCUACAAUGUCUCCACCACUCACCGUCGUAUUUGGGUCUGAAUAACCAUUUGACGUUCGUACAACUUUUGUAUCGCGGCUAAUUCUCUCGUGGCGCGUCGUAGCCUACGAAGUAGCCGAACCUCAUCCUUUAUGCACAGCACGGUGCUUCAGCCCUCCGAACACCAUGGUCUCCUCCAGCCCCGCUCACUAGGCAGCAUGGAAGCCAAGCAACACCCGAUAAAGAGCCUCAAAAGCUAUCCGGAGACCGGCGGCCGGAGUCUGGCAGCGGCUGCCGGUGGCGGAGGAGGAGGCGGCGGAGGAGGAGACGGAGGCGAGGGAGGCGGUUGCCGAGUCGGCGUCUCAACGGAAACGGAGAUGGAGACGAAGAUUCAGAAAGCCGUCGACUUCAAGGCGGAGGGCCACCGCUGCUAUAAGGAGAAGAAAUUCCGCGAGGCGAUCGGCAAAUAUCAUCGGGCGCUCCUGCAGCUCAAAGGGGUUCACGUAGCCGAUGGGACGACCGGCGGCUCCGAAGUCAACCUGCUGAACCAACAAGAUGCCGCCAAGCUCACGGAGGAGCAGCGGAGAGCCGUGGAGAGCACCGAGAUCGAGUGCUACGACAGCCUCACAGCAUGUCUGUUGCAGUCCGAGCUGGUCAACUACGAGCGAGUGAAGGAAUAUUGUCUGAAGGUCCUGAGUCAUCAGAGGGACCAUUUCAAGGCCAUGUACCGCGCCGGCAUUGCCUUCUACCACCUGGGCGACUACGAAUGUGCCCUACGCUACCUGAGAGAUGCCAAGAAUCGCGAGCCUGCAGAUACCAACGUGCUGCGCUACAUCCAGUUGACGGAGAUGAAGAUGAGCAAGAGUGGCCAGCGGGAGCGACAGCUUGGCAAAGAGACGCAAGGCUGACCUGCCCCUCCUUGUUUGGGGUCCUGCACCAACCUCCAAACCAGUCCAACCUUACUCCAUCCUCGCCAUACUCUCACGGACCCUCCGCAGCAAGGACACAGUUGUGAGAGACGAUCUGAACUUGCUGUUUUUCCAACUCCUUCAUGCCUGUUUGUCCCUCUGGCGCUGUGGCUCUAAAAAAAAAAGAUUAAAAAAAAGAAAACUGCUAUAUAACAUACAACCCCGCCCCUCAAAAGAAACUAGUGAAUAACGGACAUUUGUGUGACUUGGUUGAUGGUUUCAAAAAGUUUUGUUUUUGUUUUGUUUUCUCUGCCUUCUCCGUGUGUGCGUGGAGGCCUUUUGGAGGGUCGAGAUUGGCUCUUUGAGGCGUGUGACACAUAUCAAGACCAUCGUCCGAUUUGAUUGUACACGUGACACACCGGGAGGGCUCUCUCAGGCCCUUUAAGCACACUUUCUUGGACAUUUUUUUUCCAAUUAAGGGCUAAUUUUAGUGUUUGUAAUCUGUUUUCAUUGUCCAUCGAAACCAGGAAUGGGCAAAGCGUUUGGAUCUGGUACGAGAAUUGAAAUGAUCAAGACUCUUGUGACAUUAAAUUGGCUAUUUUCUUCCAUAAGUGGUUCAUUAAACGUUAUUUAUUCAUAAUUUAUUUAUGUUUAAAUUCAUCGUUUUUUAAUUAUUAUUUUUAUUAUUUGCAUAUUAAUAGUAGACAAUAAGUGUAUAAUGACAUUCAAACCUACCCUCUCCCCCCAAAAAAUCACCCAAAAAACUGUCCAUUUAAAAUGGACAGUGAAAAAAAUACCAAAGGAUAAAGUAAUGCAAAACAGUAACAAAUUUUGUCUGUAAUUCAUAUUUUCAUUUUUGUAACUAUUCAGGACCAAAAUACAUGUUGUUUUAUCCCUUCCUUUUUUAAACGAAUUGGCUGAUCAAUCAGUUAUCGGAAUUUCCGACUGCCAAAAGGAUGAUGCCCCCCCCCCCCCACCCCACAAAAUGUUGACUGGAGGAGUGAAUCAACCCCCAUUCAACUCCCCCACCGACUCCUCCACACUCUUUGCACGCCGCUGUUACCGUCUACAUUUAAUUUUUUUUUAGUUUCAUAACAUGAGCUUUUGGCUAAAUUAAUUAUAGAAAUUAAUUAAAAUGUUCUAGCACAAGCUUUUGCCCACACCUGUCCUAAAGUGUGCAGUUGUCCGUAGCUUCAUGAUCGCAAACAGGUUUGCUUAUGUUCUGUCUUGAAUUUGUUGUAAAAAAAAAAAAAGGCUCCCCAAAGCCUGACCCCAAACCCCUUCACCCACAGGGUUGUUGCUGUGACUGUACGAGCCCUUCCCCGCCAGAACAUUUCGACACUUUUCAUUGUUCCAAAGACUCAGUUCAGUCAAGCAUCCAAGAUGGCAGAAAUCGAAAUACGUUAUGUGAAACCUGUCAUUGGUACAAAAAAAAGGUUGGGAACUGCUUGGCUGCAGUCAGUCUCAGCCAAUUUGAGACCAAGUCUGAAAAGACGUUUAAAAACGUCUUUGGGAGUGAAUGAGUUAAAAAAAUAAAUAUCAAUGAUGUCAUCGAUGAAUCAACUUCAACCCGACUUUCAUCUCAUUAUAGCUGACUACAAAACCAAAAAAAUCUUUGGUGUUUGACCUCGAACACACAUUACUAAUCUUGUGUGUGUUUACUGCUUUGAUCGUGUCUGGUUGGGGUUGUACAGUUGACUAGUCGACGUGUCAACUUAAUCAUGAUGACAUAUAGAGCUUGAUGUCGACGAGUUGCUAAUCACAUGUUGUCGACGUAAACAGGAAGCAACUCAAAUGAGCCCGUCACCUUCAUUAAUUUGAAUUGUCUUAGUUGUAGAUGCACAGAUUUGUGGAAAAAUCUGUAGCGGGGGGAGGGGCAAGUUUGAAAAGGCUUUUGAACAACUUUUUGGCCGAUACUACGAAAGCGGACGAAAAGCAAGGAAUUCCUCUACUGCACAUAACGAGGUCCAUAAUUAUUUGCUAACAUCUCCCCAUGCAGAAACCGCUACUGUGGUGUGCACAGAACGAGGACAGGUUAUCCCAUUUGACCAAGUUGACAGCAGAAAGCACACCGAGUGAGAGUAUACCCCCCCAGCCCCCCUGGUCUUCACCCAUUCCUGUUAAUUCAUGUCUUCUAACAUGUAUGUCCUGUGUAAAUUUGAUGUAUAAACUGUCAAUUGUCAAUGAAUAUAGAUUAUUGCAAAGCA